GUCAGUGAGGUGGGUUGUAUUUCGUUGUAACACGGAUAUCGUAAUUAAAAUGUGUUGUUUUUUGAUUUAAUUAAUGACGUGGAUAACGGUGAUUAUAUAAAAGACUGUUAAAGGAUAACUGGUGCUUAUUGUAGUUAGUGUUAUUUUAUAUAUUGAUAUAAAGUCUACAUUCUUGAAUACUUUUAUUCAAGUGUGAGCCACUCCUGAGUGACUGGUGGUUACUGUUUGUGGUAUGAGAUAUGGAAUCGAAUUUAAACAAAACCGCAACUAGCAUCUCCUAGGAACAUUUUACCGUUGAAUCGGUUGUUAUACUUCACAGACAAUCGCCUGGGAGAUUGUGUGUGAAUUUUUGAGAAAGUAAAAUGUGCGUGAAAGUGUUACUGUGACAAAAAUAAUUCAUAAAUACAAAGUUACAACCCAACGAUUGGGGAAAAGCAGAUUACAGUCUUGUAGUUAGCAGAAGAGAAAUUAUAUACAUACAGACAGAUAAUAAAAAUGGCGUCUCCCAGAGGGGAACCGGAUUCUACGCCCAUUUGCCGGUGCCGUGUCUUGUAUCUCGGUUCAGCAGUUCCCCACGUGACCAAAGAUGGCCUCCAAGGUAUCCAAGAACCUCUGCGUGAGCUAUACCCCGAGCAAGGGGCCCUCGGAGCACGGGGGAUCGACUCUUGGCUUAGUGUAUGGAGUAACGGCUUACUGCUUGAAAAUGUUGAUGAGAAUCAUAAAAAAGUAACAAGAUUCUUCCCAAUAGACACUUUGCAUUACUGUGCGGCCGUCAGAUACGUCUUGGUACCCGAGAAAACGUCAUCAGGCACCUCCCAACCCGCAACACCAAGAUUUCUCCCAUUGGAUUCCCCUUUUGCCCGAAGUCCAAACCCAAGCCAUCCGCCCUUAUUUGCCGCCAUCUUACGCCGGACGACAGGUAUCAAGGUGUUGGAAUGCCAUGCCUUUAUCUGCAAAAGGGAAAUGGCUGCAAACGCGCUUGUGAGAUGUUGUUUCCAUGCUUAUGCUGAUUCAUCAUAUGCCCGGCACAUCGAUGGGGGCAGCACUAGUGUUUAUGGCACCCUCAGGAGCCACAACGCUGGAUCACAGCCAAUUCUCGCUACAAGCAGCAUCGAAAAAGUAGAAGGUUGGCGCCGUAUGUCGCCAUCGGGAGGUCCUGCCACUAGUGGAAGCACCUUGACGCUAAACAGCCAAAUCCAACCGGGACCAUCAACACAGAAUCAAAAUGGAACUCUCACAUCAAACGCCACUACGACCGUAUCAACUGGGGACGAUAUAUCUAUCUACAAUGGGGAUGAAAAUCACAAAGUAUGGGCUGGGUCUAGCACCAGCGCCAUGGCGGAUCGGGAGGAAAUGUAUGGUAACUACAGUGGCAGCACCAUAAGAAGUGCCCGUUCAGGCCGACCGAGGCAGAUGGUCACCCCUGUGGCAUCUCCACCACCACCCCCGCCAACAAAAGAAGACAGCAAAAGCAAGAAAGCGAAUAAAGAACGCGCAAGAAGGAAGAAAAUGAUGGGUGGUAGUAGAGAAGAGUUAUACCCUCUGAUGAAUGGAUCUUUGAUGAGAGGCACUUCUUCACAUGCCAUGGUCAAUGGUGGAGGAAUGAGGUCUUCCAGUUCUUUGAGUGGGACUCUAAUGAAAGGAGGCACUGUCCCACAUCAGCACCACUAUUCAAACAACACUAUAAUGAGACCAUCGUCAGCCCAUCCCAUUCCAAUGAACGGGUAUCAUCCUCAUCCUGGCACAAUUCUGGUAGUCCAGCACCCCGCUACAACCCUGCCACAUCCUCGACAUAUGAAGAAGUCCUCCGGUACCUUCUCACAUCGUCCAACAAAGCCUGCCAUAGUCAUCCCUAGCCGACCCAUCAUGCAAGCACCUAUUGUGCCUAUAGGACCUCAUCAAGGACCUGUAAUGCCAGUCGUAACAUCGAUUCCACCAGCAACCGGAAAGAAAUCGAAACAUCACCACCACACACCAGUUGCUAUAGAGGAACCAAUCUACAUGCCGUCUGCACGACCCCUGAGCCCUGUUGCGUCAUUUCAACCAGGGCAUUUCCCGCACGAGGCGUAUCUCAUGCAACAGUAUGCUAAUGCGACUAUGGACACAAAGCACAAGAAGAAAUCAAGUAAGGGUGAUGGAAAGUCUGGUAGUAAAAGGAGUGCUCCUGUUGUUAAUGGAGACGGUGCUGAUUCGUCAACCCCACCACCAAUGAUAGUGGUCGAGGAGUCGCCAUUCAAUACCGGGAUAUACAGGAAAAAAGGGCACCUAAACGAAAGGGCCUUUUCGUAUUCAAUUCGUCAGGAACAUAGAUCGAGGUCAUACGGAUCCCUGGCGAACCUCAAGUUCGCGACACCAAUACCGAACGGCGGAGGACCAUCAGAGACUGCGAAUAAAGAGGAUGUGAAGAAGGAGCGUGAAAUAAUGCAGAUGAUGCAUGAUCUGGAGUUGUCUGGGGACGAGCUCGAGCGGUCAGAGGUGCCUGCGGCUGUGUACGAGAGCAGGAGGGCUGCGGCAGUGACACCAGUAUCCGGGCCCCGCCGGUAGACGGCGCCAUUGUGCAGGUUGGCUGUGUGUCUGGCCGGACGGUAGGCUAGGCGUGUCGUCCAAGAGAGAAGGCAGCUUUCGAAGAAGAAAUAACGGUGACGGGCAGACGGUGUGUUUGUAACCCGUCAUCCUCCACUGAACGAGUUAGGGGACAGACACUCCGUGGGAGUACAGAGCUCUGCACACGAAGACCAAGAAAUCGGGUGCUCGCCGACAUAAACGAGGAAAGGCAUACAUUGACACGUAAUGGAAACGAACGUCAACUCUCUCACUCAUGGAGCUGAGCCCUUCUUGAGAAGCCGCCAAUUGUGCAGCUGCUCAAGAGCUUCCCAGCAUUUU